CCGGCCGCCUGAGACCGUUGUAUAUAAAGCAGUGGGAUGAAAGAAAUGUUUGUUUAGCAUAAAUUUUCAGUCUGUCAUUUUUGGUUUAUAAUUGGCUUGAAAGAAAUGUUUGUUUAGCUUAGAUUCAUCUGAGAUCAACCCUUUUAUAUUACUUCGUACUUAUCUGGUUUUGAGAAGAAGAGACACAAUGGAUUUCCCACUACUUGCUACUCCAUUGCUACUUUUACUAUGCCUUAUCUUUGUUCUGCAUGACCACACAACCACAACAAUGGUGGAGGCCAAGACUAACAAUGUUCACAUUGUUUAUAUGGGAGAAAAACAGCACGUGGAUCCUGAUUUUGUCACUGAUUCACAUCUUAACUUGCUUGCCAAAAUAGUUGGAAGUAAAGAGAGGGCUUCGGAAUUGAUGGUAUACAGUUACAGACAUGGCUUCUCUGGUUUUGCAGCUAAGCUCACUGAGUCUCAGGCUCAAGAUAUUGCUGAGUUGCCGGGUGUUGUUCGAGUCAUACCAAAUAGCCUCCACAGGCUGCAAACAACGAGGACUUGGGAUUCUCUUGACCUCACUACUCAAGCUCCUUCUAAUCUUCUUCACAAAAGCAACAAUGGCGAUGGAGUUAUUAUAGGCAUAUUCGACACAGGAAUAUGGCCAGAGUCUAAAUCCUUCAGCGAAAAUGGGCUUGGCCCAGUUCCGUCUCGCUGGAAAGGGGUCUGCGAGUCCGGCGAAAGCUUCGAUCCCACAAAGCACUGCAACCAAAAAAUCAUCGGAGCUCGGUGGUUUGUAAAAGGGUUCUUGGCCGAGUACGGUAAGCCCCUAAACGCAUCAGGGGAGAUCGAGUACUUGUCCGCAAGAGACGCAAAUGGGCACGGCACGCACACGGCCAGUACGGCCGCCGGUUCGUUUGUGGGUAAUGUCAGCUACAAAGGCCUUGCCAACGGCACGGCACGCGGCGGUGCUUCGAACGCACGCGUGGCCGUAUACAAGGUGUGUUGGAACUUCCAAGGCGGGCAGUGUUCGUCGGCGGAUAUACUUAAGGCGUUUGAUAAAGCCAUACACGACGGAGUCGAUGUGUUGUCGCUCUCGAUUGGGUUUCAGAUUCCUAUGUUUUCGGAUGUGGAUGAACGAAACGGCAUCGCAACGGGGUCGUUUCAUGCUGUGGCGAGGGGGAUUAGUGUAGUUUGUGCAGCUGGGAACAGCGGGCCUUCAGCUCAGACUGUUCAGAACACUGCUCCUUGGAUUUUGACCGUGGCGGCAAGCUCCAUAGAUCGAGAGUUUCUUACUUCUAUUACUCUAGGAAACAAUAAAACUUUAACGGGAAAGGCUAUCUAUGACGGGAGGGGGGUCGGUCUGACUGGCUUGUUAUAUCCAGAGUCAAACGGGCUUGAUCCUACUGCAUCAGGAGUUUGUGAAGCUCUUCAACUAAAUCAGACCAAUGUUGCUGGACAAGUGGUGCUCUGCUUCACCUCAAUGACUCGACCAGUUACUAUAAUGAGUGCUGCGGCCGCUGUGAAAGCUGCCGGUGGAGUUGGUCUUAUUGUAGCCAAGCAUCCAACGAGUGGCUUAUACCCAUGUCCUGGUGAUUUCCCUUGUAUUGAAGUUGAUUAUGAGGUUGGCACCAAAAUUCUCUUUUACAUUCGGUCUACCAGGUUAGAUGAUCGAUAUUAUCAUCCUUGUUUCUUUGUGUUUUGUUCUUUUAAGAAAAAAAAGAAAGUAAUUUUUGUUUUCUUUUCACACAGAAUCCCUCUUGCUAAGUUGAGCCCUUCUAAAACAGUUGUCGGAAGACCUUUAUCAGCUCAAGUGGCCCAAUUUUCAUCAAGGGGACCUAACUCCAUUGAACCUGCAAUCCUCAAGCCAGAUAUAACUGCGCCUGGUGUGAACGUCUUAGCUGCAACUUCUCCUCAUGACCGAUUUGCGGAUGGGGAAUUCGUCAUGCACUCAGGAACUUCCAUGUCAACUCCUCACAUUUCAGGCAUUGUAGCUCUUCUGAAAGCACUGCAUCCCACUUGGUCUCCUGCUGCCAUUAAAUCAGCACUUGUCACAACUGCAUGGAGGACUAGUCCAUCUGGUUCACCAAUAUUUGCAAAAGGGUCGCCCCCAAAACUGGCUGAUCCAUUCGACUAUGGAGGAGGCAUUGUAAAUCCAAAUGCAGCAGCUGACCCUGGACUAGUGUACGACAUGGACAUGGCUGACUGCAUUCAUUAUCUCUGUGCAAUGCAUUACAACAACUCUGUUAUAUCUCAGCUCACAGGGAAUGUGACAAAUUGUCCAAUUCGAAAACUGUCUGUUCUAGAUGUUAACUUACCUUCUAUUAUCAUACCAAGCAUUAGGAGUACUUCCAUUACAGUAACACGAACAGUCACAAAUGUUGGAGCUCAAAACUCCACUUAUAGACCAACAAUUGAGCCUCCAUCUGGUAUAGUUGUCUCAGUAAGACCUGAUGUCUUGACAUUCAACUCUACGGUUAAGAAGGUCUCCUUCAAGGUCACAUUCUCCACAACUCUCCAAAUGAAUACUCAGUACUUGUUUGGGAGCUUAACUUGGUCUGAUAGAGUGCAUUUUGUGAGGAUUCCUUUGGCUGUGAGAACAGAGAUGUUUCAACCUUAUGGUGACGAGUAUUAAGGCUACUUAUUUAUAGGGAUAAUAUUAUAUAUAAUUAAUCUCAUGGGUACCAAGCCAUGAGGGCCACCCACUACACUGAAGGUGUGGUGGUUUAUUGUGAAAAAAUUGAUAAUACUAAUCUGCCGGUCAAUAAAUUUGCCAUUAUUCCAUGGUGUAAAUAAAACUUUCUGAGGGGAGUUUAUUUUAAUUUCUUAAUAAAAUUUCUCUGAUCCGGUUCUAUUUAUUUA